UGCGGUGCCGAAGAAGCCCGGGUAAGCGGCAUAAGACGGACAAAGUAGAUUUUGAACAAGUUGAUCGUUUGGAAGCAUGAGUAGCAUUGGAACAGGUUACGAUUUAUCAGUCACUACAUUCUCUCCUGAUGGUCGGGUUUUCCAGAUCGAAUACGCUGCCAAGGCCGUCGACAAUAGCGGGACCGUCGUGGGUAUCAAAUGCAAAGACGGGAUUGUGAUGGGGGUGGAGAAGCUUAUUCCGUCGAAGAUGAUGCUGACGGGUUCCAAUAGAAGAAUACACUCUGUUCAUCGCCACUCGGGCAUGGCUGUGGCUGGAUUAGCUGCCGAUGGGAGACAAAUUGUUGCCAGGGCUAAGUCUGAGGCAACUAACUAUGAUAGUGUGUAUGGUGAACCAAUUCCUGUUAAGGAACUUGCUGAGCGUGUGGCUAGUUAUGUGCAUCUUUGCACGCUAUAUUGGUGGCUCAGACCAUUUGGUUGUGGUGUCAUAUUAGGAGGUUAUGAUAGAGAUGGACCACAGCUGUACUUGGUUGAACCUUCUGGUGUUUCCUUUAGGUAUUUUGGUGCUGCAAUUGGAAAGGGUAGACAGGCUGCUAAGACGGAGAUCGAAAAGCUAAAGCUUUCUGAGAUGACUUGCCGACAAGGGGUUAUUGAAGUAGCCAAGAUUAUAUAUGGAGUGCAUGAUGAGGCUAAGGAUAAAGACUUUGAGCUAGAAAUGAGCUGGGUCUGUGAUGAAUCAAACCGCCAACAUCAAAAGGUCCCAGAUGAGCUGUUAGAAGAAGCCAAGGCGGCGGCCAAAGCAGCCCUUGAAGAAAUGGAUGCAGAUUAGCAGAGUAAAAAAAAAAAAAAAAUUAUUCAAGUUCAUUAUCUACGUAAACAUUUAAUCAACUACCUGUUACAUCAAUAGAAAGUGACAUGCCGUCAACAGUUAUGCAUGAUUUGGUCCCAUGUAUUGCAUUUUUGCCUAAUAGGUUAGCAAAUGCUUGAAAAACUCGGUUGGCAAAAGGGUGCAAGUUUCCUAGUCA